AUGACCAUUGAUGGACCCAGUACAGGGCCCGGUUCAGAAACCCCAAGCGAAGAAGAUUACGAGGAGAACGUUCGACCAACCCUGGCAGAGCCACACGUUGUCCGACAACGUUAUACCCGACGCGGUCGCCAACGAGCAGAUACACCAACUUUCUCAGCCGCUGAUUUUAAAGAAAUCAAUAAAGAUGCGAAUUUGCGAUUCUCUCGCCGCGACUCUGGCAUUCAUAUCGUCCCAGAUGACGACAAGAGCCUGCAGCAGUUGUUGAAGGCGAGUUCUCAAUGGACACAAGAUGCCAGCCCAAAGCGUCGCCCGCGCAAGUUUGCCGAUCUCGUCUUUACUCGUCAGUUCUCGGCGUUUGACCGUCAAAACCCAUCCUCAGUCAACAGCCCAUUCCAUGGCUUUUAUACGCUUUUCUGGCUUUCUGUCACACUCUACGUCUUGAAGAUCUCGGUAGAAAACUGGCAGGUCUACGGAAACAUUUUGGGAACCAGUGACAUCGUGGAGACCAUGUUCCACCGAGACGUGAUUCUACUUCUCAUUUCUGAUGGCAUCAUGUGUGCACUCACAGCAGUGACUUGGCUCAUCCAACGAUGCGUGUUUGCCAACUACUUGAACUGGGACGGAGCUGGAUGGGUCAUUCAACACAUAUGGCAAACUCUCUUCAUCGCAGGUGUGGUUGGUUUGACACUGUGGCGUGAUUGGCCAUGGACUCAUACCGUCUUCUUCGUCCUGCAUGGCAUUGUCAUGGUAAUGAAGCAGCACUCCUACGCUUUCUAUAACGGCCAUCUAUCUACAGUUUACAAGAGCCGCAUGGCUCUUUCGAAGAAGCUUAAACAACUCGACCUUGUACACCCAGCGACAACUCCUUCGCUGACUGAGCCCCCUGCAUCCGCCAUUUCAACACAACAUCUGAAUGCUCCCCCGUCUGCCGAACAACGCCGAAAGUCCAUCUCGGGGCACCAAAAUACGGAGGAAAGCGACAUUGACAAGAUAUCACGGGCUAUUGCAUCAGGCGAGCCCCUGGAUGAUGAACAAAUUGUGCUGUUUGAGCGCAUCAUGAAAUGGGAGAUUGAUGCCUUGUCCGACGAGCUCAAGGGCACUGCCAGCACAGCCGAUAAAGCAUACCCACACAACCUUUCCUUUAUUGAUCACUACAAAUGGAUCCCGCUUCCGACACUAGUGUACGAGCUCGAGUACCCGCGGUCAGAUUCUAUUAGCUGGACCUAUGUGUUUGAGAAGGCUGCAGCGAUGAUUGGCGUUCUCUUUGUCAUGGUCCAAGUCUCUCAGCAUUCCAUGUACCCUGUCGUCAUGAAGACAGUAGAAAUGAAGGAGAACGGCGUACCCCUCUGGGAAAGGUUUCAGCAGUUUCCCUGGCUCCUCAGCGAGCUGGUAUUCCCAUUUAUGAUGGAGUAUCUGCUUGCUUGGUACCUUAUUUGGGAGACUAUCCUGAAUAUCCUGGCCGAGUUGACCUACUUUGCCGACCGAAGCUUCUAUGAUGCCUGGUGGAACAGCGUAUCAUGGGACCAGUUCGCCCGUGACUGGAAUCGACCAGUCCACGUCUUCCUUCUCAGACACGUAUAUCACAGCUCCAUAUCUUCUUUGAAGGUUAAUAAGCACACUGCGACUCUCAUCACAUUCUUUUUGUCAGCUUGUGUUCAUGAGCUGGUCAUGUGGUGCUUGUUCAAGAAGCUGAGAGGCUACCUCUUGUUUCUCCAGAUGUGUCAACUGCCGCUGGUGAGACUGAGCCGCACCAAGUGGCUACGGGGACGAAAGACAUUGGGAAAUCUCAUAUUUUGGUUGGGUAUCUUUACGGGGCCAAGCCUUCUAUGCAGCCUGUACUUGAUCUUGUGA